AUGACUGAAAAGCGCAAGGAAGAAACUGCUUCAUCAGACAGUGACUCUGAUGACACUAUUCCAGAAUUGGAAGAUGCAGGAGCACCAGGAGCAGGUGGCAUCACCAAUCCCAUUGCUGGAAUUGACAUUGUGUCUAAAGCCAAACAGUCACGUGGGGAGAAGAAGGCUCGCAAAAUCAUGAGUAAACUUGGCCUUAAACCUGUGCAAGGUGUCAACAGGGUUACAAUCCGAAAGUCAAAGAACAUUCUCUUUGUUAUUAACUCUCCAGAUGUAUAUAAGAACCCACACUCGGACACAUACAUUGUGUUUGGUGAGGCCAAGAUUGAGGAUCUGUCACAACAAGCCACUAUGGCUGCAGCAGAGCGCUUCAAGGCUCCAGAGACGGCAGCAGCUGGUAAUGAGACUGCAACUGCUGGCACUACAGUGGCACCUAUCGCGGAGGAAGAAGACGAAGAGGGUGUUGACGAAACUGAAGUUGAUGAGAAGGAUGUGGAGAUAGUAAUGACCCAAGCCAAUGUGUCUCGAGCAAAGGCUGUACGUGCUCUGAAGAAUAACCAAUCGGAUAUUGUAAAUGCUAUAAUGGAGCUGACAAUG